AGAAAUCAAAAUAUGCACAAACAUUUUCUUCUUUGAUGUCAGCUAAAGAAAAACAAAUUUCUGCCGUUGCUUCUUUGCGUAUAACAAACGAAAAACAACAAGAUUUAAUUAAACAAUUAGAAGAGAAAGAAAAGGCACUCGAAUAUCAAGUGCAUUUAAAAGAAGGUGAAAUUCGAAAAUUGUACAAAAAUAUAGAAGAAGAUAGAACAGACUUGGAAGAUAUUAAUCAUUUAUGUGAGGAUUAUCGAAUUUCAAUUGAUCGCAAUGAGCUCAUGUUAAAUGAAGUAAGUUAAAAAUAAAUUUCUGUUCAUCUUUUACGUAUUAAAAUACAAAAAUGAAACAGCUUCAAAAAACCUUGAAAGAAAAGACAAAAUUAUUAGAAGAAGAAAAGCAUCUUCAAACGCAAUUAGAAGAAAAUUAUGAAAAGAUGAAAAAAAAAUGGGACAAAAUAUCUCAAGGUGACAAUCCAGCAGAACAGCAACUGAUAGAUGAAUGUGAAGAACUAAGGACAUUGUUGAAGUGUAGUACGUGUCGACAAAGAGUGAGAACACAUAUAUUGAUUCGAUGUAUGCAUACAUUUUGUAAGAAUUGUAUUGAUGCAAGAUUAGAGACACGUCAACGAAGAUGUCCCACAUGUAGUGAGCCUUUUGGCGCAAAUGAUGUCAAGAACUUUUUUCUAUAAAUUUAACUUUUUGUAUAUCUAUCAUAUAAUAUUGUAAUAAAAGAAAAUUUGAAUAACA